AGAACGAUGACAAUGCCAUAGGCGGCUUCUCUCUCUCUAAAGAGAAAGGUGAAGAUGACGACAAUGACGAUGAUGACGCCCUUGUGAUCUGCUUUGAUAAGAAAAAGAAACAGAGGAGAAGGAAAAAAAACCCAGUAAAGGCCAAAUGGGUUGUGCGAGCUCGAAGAAGCAUAAAUGUUGCCGCCAUUGCCGGCGGGGAUUAUCUCCGGCGGUGGCGCCGAGAAGCUACUCGAUGCAUGUUCAUCACCCGGGGGCUCACACCGGAGGCAGCUACGACAUGGUGGCUCUCACUUCCUCCACCAUUGGAUCUCUCAAGCUCUGCGACACCACGUCUCUCGGACAUAACAGCGAACACUUGGAAGACUUCACAUCCAAGCUUCUUUCCAAAGACAACAAUGGCGGCAACAAGCUUGUGGUUGGUGUUGGGUUUCAUCGAGGCGAGGGAGGUGAUGAAGUUGCAGAAACGAAGAGGGAUAAGGUGAAUUCGGCACUGCAGGCUAAGCUAGAGGAGGCGAAGGUCUGGUCAAGAAUGAUGAACCGGAAGAUACCGAAAAUCUUGCCGAAAACGCCCACCCUGACCCCUCCUGGUGAGCCCGAGACGAUCAAUACCUGGGAAUUGAUGGAUGGCCUUGAAGAUGUUAGCCCUUUACGAGAACACAAGACUGUUGAGCCAUUGAUGUUUCAGAUGGAGGAAGAUGAACUUGACUGCAGCGUCUUAGAUUUCGACCCAGAAAUCAUCUCCUGCUUCAGGAAAUCACUCCAAGAACUCCCACCCGACCAUCCUUUUCACAUCCGAAUUCCCGACAUGGGAGAGAAUCCAAACGUUGGCGAACAUGAGGAGGGAGAAAAGCCGGGCAAAGACAAGGUGAUUCUCUACUUCACAACCCUAAGAGGGAUUAGGAAGACGUACGAAGACUGCUGCCAUGUCCGCGUAAUACUGAAAGGACUAGGUAUUCGAGUAGACGAACGAGAUGUGUCGAUGCAUUCGGGGUUCAAGGAAGAGAUGAAGGAGCUUUUGGGGGAUGAAUUCGACAACAAUGGUGCCGGAAUAAGGCUGCCGAGGGUUUUCUUGGGGAAGAAGUAUCUCGGGGGAGCAGAGGGGAUAAGGAAACUGAACGAGGACGGGAAGCUGGAGAAGCUUCUAGAAGGCUGCGAAAGGGUUGAAGACGACAAUGGAGGGUAUGAAUGUGAAGCUUGUGGAGAUCUCCGGUUUCUGCCAUGUGAUAAAUGCUCGGGCAGUCGCAAAGUUUACUACGAAUGUGAAGAAGAAGAAGAAGAGUUUGGAUUCCAGAGAUGUCUUGAUUGUAAUGAGAAUGGACUCAUCAGAUGUCCUGUAUGUUUGUGAUUUGUCCUUUGUGACUUGCCAAAGAAGCAAAGACCAUAUAAGGCUUUUAUUCUUCCGAUCGACGUUACAGAAAUCAUGGAGAACCACCAUGCAUGCAUCAUCCAAGGGAUCUACUACAUCACGGGCCUUCCUUUUUCAUCCAUUGUAAAUAAGUGCUCUUUACUAUUUUCCUCAUCAGAUGUCCUGUCUGUUAGCGUUAUGUGGUUUAUACGUGAAAGGAUACGAUGUAAGUAAUAAUAAGUAGAAAAUACAAGUGAGAAGAGUACGGAAACCCUUCCAUAUCUCUUGU